AUGUUGUCCUGUUUCGUCUGGCUCUCCCUCCCCGACCUGGUUAACCCCUUUGCGACCCCAGGAAAGUUGCCCGUUAAUGGGAGCCUGGAGAAGACUUUUGUAAUCCCGAACAUCUCAGGUUUCUUUUCCUGGGAUAACGACAGCCUGGCUGACUGGCAGAGCUUUGUGGGCAGGAGCCGGUACGGAGCGGAGUCGCAGAGCGUCACAGUGAAAGCCCUGCUCAUCGCGGCGUACUCCUUCAUCAUUGUCUUCUCCCUCUUUGGCAACUUCCUGGUCUGUCACGUCGUCAUCAAGACCAAGCGCAUGCACUCCGCCACCAGCUUGUUCAUUGUGAACCUGGCUGUAGCCGAUAUCAUGAUCACGCUCCUCAACACGCCUUUUACACUGGCUCGUUUUGUGAACAGUACCUGGAUAUUCGGGAAGGGGAUGUGCCAUGUCAGUAGGUUUGUGCAGUAUUGCUCCCUCCACGUCUCUGCCUUGACCCUCACAGCCAUUGCCGUGGACAGGCACCAGGUUAUAAUGCACCCUCUGAAACCUCGCAUAUCUACUGCAAAAGGUGUUAUCUACAUCUCUGUAAUCUGGAUCAUGGCAACUUGUUUUUCCCUACCACAUGCUAUCUACCAAAAACUCUUUACCUUUGAAUACAGUGAGGAGGUUACCCGGUGCCUGUGUCUGCCGGAUUUCCCCGAGCCUGCUGACCUCUUUUGGAAGUACCUCGACUUAACAACCUUCAUUUUGCUCUAUGUCCUGCCCCUUCUGAUCAUCUCUGCUGCCUACAUGACAGUGGCCAAGAAACUCUGGCUGCGCAAUGUCAUCGGGGACGUCACCACUGAGCAGUACUUCGCGCUUCGCAAAAAGAAUAAGAAGACCAUAAAGAUGCUGAUGCUUGUUGUCAUCCUCUUUGCAGUCUGCUGGUUCCCCUUGAAUUGCUACGUUGUCCUCCUCUCCAGCCAGACCAUCCACACCAACAAUGCCCUGUACUUCUCCUUUCACUGGUUUGCAAUGAGCAGCACCUGCUACAACCCCUUCAUCUACUGCUGGCUCAAUGACAGCUUCCGAUCAGAACUGAAGGCUUUGCUCAACAUGUGCAGAAAACCUCCCGGGCCCACAGAACAGAGGCUUCCCUCCACGGUCCCAUCCUACCGCCUGGCUUGGCCAGAAAAUGGCAACUUCAAGAGGUUGCAGGCCUCCCAUGUCCUUCCAUCAGCCUCCAACAUCCAGUCAGGAAAGACAGACAUCUCUGCAGUUGAGCCGAUAGUAGCUGUGAGCUAA